AUGCCGCCAGGCACUGCGUCGGAAUUGGGUGCCCCUCCAUCUGUGCCGUUGAGCUUUUCAAACAACUUCUGGGGACGAGAUGACGCCGGCGUCGACCCCCUCCUUACCCGCAUGCAAAAUGCCAAAACCACCUGCGACGAACUGAAGGCCUUUUACAAUGCACGAGCCGCGUUGGAGGAAGAUUACGCAAAAAAGCUGCUGAGUCUGUCGCGGAAGCCACUGGGCAGCGUCGAACAGGGGACCUUGCGGGCGAGCUUGGACGUCGCCAGAGGAGAGACCGAGUCCAUGGGCAAGCAGCAUGCACUGAUCGCCCAGCAAAUGAGAUCCGAGCUCGAGGAGCCGCUGGCAGCGUUUACGGGCGGGAUCAAGGAGCGUCGCAAGAUCGUGCAGAACGGGAUCGAGAGACUGCUGAAAACGAAACAAGCACAGACCGCCCACGUCAACAAAUGUCGGGACAGGUACGAGCAGGACUGCCUGCGCGUCAAGGGUUAUCUGGCUCAGGGCCACAUGGUCAUGGGGCAGGAAGAGCGGAAGAACAAGGCCAAGCUCGAAAAGACGCAGAUCAACAUGGCCACCAACUCGAAUGAAUACGAAGCCGCCAUCAAGGUUCUGGAGGAGACGACAGGCCGGUGGAACAAAGAGUGGAAGGCCGCGUGCGACAAGUUCCAAGAUCUCGAAGAAGAACGCCUCGACUUUACAAAGUCGUCUCUCUGGGCUUUUGCAAACAUUGCCUCGACGGUGUGCGUCUCGGACGAUGCGUCCUGCGAGAAGAUCAGACUUGCACUGGAGAACUGCGAGGUUGAAAAGGACAUUUCCUGCUUCAUCAAAACCUGCGGGACGGGUCAAGAGAUUCCUGAUCCCCCUCGAUACAUCAACUUCUGUCGAGGAGACGUGGAUACGGCAUCUGAGGUUUCGGAAGACGAGAACUACUCGGUUGCCCAGUUUUCACGGACCACAAAUCCCGCGUUCAGAUCAUCUUCACCAACUCAUUCAACUUCUACAAAGCCCAGAUCCAGCCAAACUCCUGAGCGCCGAUACUCGGAAGAACCAACAAGACCAGAGGAGGACGAUAUGCCGACACCGUCUAAUGGAAACAGUGGACGGCCCCCGCCGUUGAACUACAAGCAUCCAGGACCAAAUGUGCCCCCGAACUACUCACCCAGUCAACAUGGCGAUGUGCCGCAGGUGCCACACAAUCAGUAUCCGACUGACGGCAUGACCAUGUUCUGCAGAGCCGACGUCCCCUCGGCUGCAAGUUCUGCUGUAUCCUCGAACACUCGCCCCGACAGUAGGGACGACAUAAGCGAGUAUUCUGCACCAAGCUCGUUCACGAGUGCGGAGCUUAGCUCUGGCGCUGCUUCACCUACCAAAGGGCCCCCCGUCAACGGCAUUGAAUUGCCUGGAAUGGCGUCACCUGAGAAAUCCGUCCAGAAGAAGAGGUCUGUUUUCUUCUCCAACAGUCCCUUCCGCAGAAAGUCCAGGAAAGAGCACGAACCUCCUCAGCAUAUCAGCAGCUCCUCCAACCGCAAUACUUGGAACGGAGCCUCAGGCACCAGCACUCGCAUAAAUCUCAAUCCCACCGUGACCAGCGCGCAGUCGAGUCCUAACAAAUCUUCGGCCCGUCAAGCACCCAGCUACUUCAACAGAAACGCAGUCGACAUGGCACCCGAAGGCGAAGAAGCUGCUGACCCUCGAGCAAGCUUCCAGUUGAGUGUGGGCAACAAUGUCUUCGACGUGGCCAGCCCAGACGGUGCCCAAGAUUCAACGCCCAAAGCAAGCACCGCAAAUAGGCGCAGCCAAUUCAUGCCGCCACCGUCGGUAGCGGGCAACGAGCUGAUGCACGACCCUAUAGCCCAGGCACUGGCAGAUCUCAAGUUGACCGCCGGUGCCUCCACAGCCAUGGCCAAACAAUCGAGUACACGGGUAGCCGUGGAUCGUUAUCACGGAGUGACGACCCCUGCACCUGACCAAGAACCGGCUACUCGACCAGGAGUACUGAGUGCUGAGAGUCAAGCCCGUCUGGCUGCACAGAGAGGAACACCUCCACCUGCCUACGACACUGCCGGCCCAGCAUCUAUGGCAGGGGGGAGAACGCAGAGCGCCCUUGGAGUCCCUCAGCCAGCACAUACUAAGAGAGAGAUGCUUAAUCGCACGGAGACGUGGGGCACUAGGGGAGGGCCCCCUCAAGCCCAGCCAUCAAGACCGGGUACAAGAGAUGGGCGGAGGAGUCCUGGACCAGGGAUGAUGAGAGCGGCAAGUCCUCAACCUCAACCUCAAAGCCAACAUCCUCCCCGUGCCAGAAGCCCGGCUCCCGGCGUCAUCCCCCGUGCUGUGAGCCCUCAACCACAGCAGGCUCAGAGAUAUCAGCCGAGGUCGAGAAGUCCAGCACCUCCCAUGGCCCCUAGAGCGGCAAGCCCGAACCCGGCAAUGAUGUCAGGAGGACGACCUGGGGCUCAGCAAUAUCGGGCAGCCUCGCCGAAUCCUUAUGGAGGAUCACGAGGUCAAGCCUCAAGACAAAGUACUGGCAUGGAGAUGCAAUUGAGCAAUCAAGAGCCGGGGCGCUACGACGGAUCUGGUGGUAGUGGACGAAGUCGCCAGGGCAUGAUGCGGCCCAACUCUAGUUUUGGUGGCGAUCGGUAUGCGCAGCAACAAACUCAGCAGCAACAGUUCCAACCUCCAUCGCAAGGGUACGAUAGCCGGCAAAGAGGCGGAGGUGCAAAUGGAGGGGGUAUGGAUAUUGAGCUGAGGCGAGAGAGGAGCAAAAGUCUCGCGGCGAUCCCGUACCGAGCAGGUGCUCCUCCAGAGCAACGUCAGCAGCGAGUAUUGCAUUAUGCGAGGGCAAUGUACAGCUACACAGCGGCGAUUCCCGAAGAGCUGUCUUUCUCCAAAGGCGACAUUCUCGCAGUAUUGCGGCUUCAGGACGACGGAUGGUGGGAGGCAGAGGUGAAGGAGAGUGCGAGGGGGAUGAACAUAGGGGGGAUCGGAUUGGUGCCCAGCAAUUACUUGCAACGGUGCUGA